UUUCCCCAUCGCUGUCCAUGGUGCUGCACAGGCCUUUUCUCUUUCUAUUGCUGCUUUUUUGUAUAAUGUUGAUCUGCAUGCUGCUGGUACUUGUUCUAGUAUGUACUGUAUAUGAAUAACUGCGUUGGUGCUUCUUUUCUGCCUUAGAACAAUGUUAGUUUAUUUAGACGCUCAUGUUGUAAUAUCGUUGCAUUUAAAUCACACUUCAAUCCUGGUUACAUCACUUUAUCGUGUGAGAGCAGUGGCUCAUAAUCCUGAUUCUGGAGACUCACAGCACUGCACAUUUUGUAAGUGUCCCUUUUAAACACCUUCUUAUUACAUAAACCCUUUAGCAUAUAGAGAUCCAUGAUCUGUACUGGGUUUGUUGAAUUUAAGAGACAUACAAAAUAUGCAGCGCUGUGUGGUCCUCAAGAGCCAAAUUAAGAAACACUGUGUUUGAGCAUUAAACUGUGUGCAGUCUCUUAAUCCAACUCAUAGUGUCGCUGUUGACCAGUAAACCAUUUGACAUUUAUUUAGCAGUUUUCUCCACCCUGCUCAUGAUGUCAUACAUAAUGUUUACAGUUCGUUUCUUUGUAGAAAUUUGUCGACGGUGGACGGGGUGCUUUCUGUCUCAUGCUGUAAUCUUGCAUUUAAGUCUGCUUAUCGAUUGAUUAGUUUGGGAUAUAUUUCACGUCUUUAAAUGGAUUUUAAGAUCUUUUGUGUUUCUGCUCAGAUGUUUAGCUUUGUAUUUCUGGUACUUAUGUCGCACACCGCUAAUGGAGACGUGAGCUAUUCCAUUCCGGAGGAGCUGAAGCGCGGAUCUGUGAUUGGAAAUAUAGCCAAAGAGCUCGGGCUCGAUGUGAACAGACUGUCGUUUCGUAAGGCUCGCAUUGACACUGAAGGUAACAGAAAACGAAUUUGUGAAAUUAAUUUUAAUACUGGAGAGCUGACCGUAAAGGAGAGGAUCGACAGAGAGGCGCUUUGUGCAAAGAAAGCAUCAUGCGUUAUAAAACAGGAGCUCGUGCUGGAGAAUCCUUUGGAGCUGUUCCGUAUCAUUCUCACUAUUGAAGACAUAAAUGAUAAUUCACCGCAGUUUGCAGAAACGGUUAUUAAAUUCGAAAUUAGAGAAUCAGCAGACAAAGGAUCUCGUUACUUAUUAGAUGAGGCCCACGAUGCGGAUAUUGGAAUGAAUUCAGUGAAGUCAUAUAUGUUGCAAAAUAACGAUUAUUUUCUUUUGAGUGUACUUUCGGGGGUAAGUGAAGGAAAAUAUGGAGAGCUCGUGUUGAAUAAAGAGUUGGAUCGUGAGCAGCAGAAAGAGGUGACUUUAAUUCUUACUGCGGUUGACGGUGGGACUCCACCGAGAUCAGGUACUGUAGUCAUACACGUCACUGUGCUGGAUGCUAAUGAUAAUGCUCCAGUCUUUAGUCAGGCCGUCUAUAAAGUCAGUCUGCCUGAAAAUUCUCCUGUAGAUACUGUAGUGGUUACAGUGAGCGCUACUGAUGCUGACGAGGGACAAAACGGAGAGGUGACAUAUGCGUUUGGCCAUUUACCAGAAAAUUUCCUGCAGCUAUUUUACUUAGAUCCAGCAUCUUUCGAGAUUAAACUAAAGGAGUUUAUUGACUAUGAGGAGGAGAGUGUAAUCGAACUACAAAUUCAAGCCAAAGAUAGUCAAGGAUUAGCCAGCCAUUCAGCUGUGUUAAUAGAGAUUGUUGAUGUAAAUGAUAACGCCGCCAUUAUAAUAAUUAAAUCUUUGAAUAGUCCCGUUCCCGACAAUGCGUCACCCGGUACAGAGGUUGGCAUCAUUAAUGUGCAGGACAGAGACUCAGAGAAUAACGGACAGGUGCGCUCCAUUCAGCAAAACGUCCCAUUUAAACUCGUUCCUUCAAUCAAAAAUUACUAUUCUCUAGUGACCACAGGUGAAUUAGACCGCGAGUUAGUGUCUGAUUAUAAUAUCACAAUUACUGCUACUGAUGAGGGCUCUCCGCCUUUAUCUUCCACUAAGAAUGUUCACUUUACUGUAGCUGAUGUGAAUGAUAAUCCACCUGUAUUUGAGGAUCAGAAUUACAGAGCUCACCUGCAAGAAAAUAACAAACCGGGUUCCUCUAUUUGUUCAGUAUCAGCCACAGAUCCGGACUGGAGACAGAAUGACACUGUAGUUUAUUCUUUUUAUUUAUUGAUUUUGAUCAGUUAAAAGAGUUUUAAAGUUCUGGUGUUAGCCAGAGAUAACGGUUCUCCUCCUCUGAGUAGUAACGUCACCGUGAGUGUCUUCAUAACGGAUGAGAAUGACAACACCCCUCAGAUAUUAUACCCGUCUCCGGAUGAAAACUCCUUCAUGACCGAGAUGGUACCCAAAGCUGCUCAGACGGGCUCUCUGGUGUCCAAGGUAAUCGCCGGGGACGCGGAUUCUGGACAAAAGUCGUGGCUCACCUAUCACAUUAUUAAAUCGAGUGAUCCGGGACUUUUCACUAUCGGUGUUCCCAGUGGAGAAAUCAGGACACAGCGAGACCUUUCUGAAUCUGACAGUAUGAAACAGAACCUUAUUGUUUCCGUGAGAGAUAACGGACAGCCCUCUCUCUCUGCCACGUGCGCAUUAUAUUUACUUAUAUCAGAUAACUUGGCUGAAGUUCCAGGACUGAAAGACAUGUCUCAUGACGAGAGCAGCUCCAAACUCACUUUUUAUCUUAUCAUCGCGCUGGUGUCCGUUUCCACUUUCUUUUUGACCUUCAUCAUCAUCAUCCUGGCCGUGAGGUUUUGUCGCAGGAGAAAGCCCAGAUUGUUGUUUGAUGGAGCUGUAGCCAUUCCCAGCGCGUAUCUCCCUCCAAAUUACGCAGAGGUGGAGGGUGCGGGAACUCUCCAUAGCACUUACAAUUAUGACGCAUACCUGACCACGGGCUCGCGCACGAGUGACUUCAAGUUCGUCAGAUCUUAUAACGAGGACACGCUGGCUGCUGCCCUGACACUGAAAAAGACUCAGUCUGCUGUGGAUGAUCUUGAGGGGCUUGAUGAUAAUACAGUUCUUUUUUCUGAGUUUCCUGUGAGGUUUUGUCGCAGGAGAAAGCCCAGACUGUUGUUUGAUGGAGUUGUAGCCAUUCCCAGCGCAUAUCUCCCUCCAAAUUACGCAGAGGUGGAGGGCGCGGGAACUCUCCGCAGCACUUACAAUUAUGACGCAUACCUGACCACGGGCUCACGCGAGAGGGACUUCAAGUUCGUCAGAUCUUAUAAUGAGGACACGCCGACUGUGGUGGAUGAUCCUGAGGGGCUUGAUGCACAAAUUAGUAACUCAUUUCAAGAUUAUUUUUUAAUGUCGACUGAUUUCUUAGGGAUAGUAUUUAGCCUACGUUGUUUUAUGAUGGAUUCGAGAAGCUCCCUUGUUUUUGCUCGGAUGUUUGGCUUUGCGUUUUUCGUGCUUAUGGCGCACACCGCUAACGGAGACGUGAGCUAUUCAAUUACUGAGGAGAUGAAGCGCGGGUCUGUGAUUGGAAAUUUAGCCAAAGAUCUCGGGCUCGAUGUGAACAGGCUGUCGUUUCGUAAGGCUCGCAUUGACACUGAAGGUAAUAGAAAACGGUUUUGUGAUAUUCGUUUGAAUACUGGAGAACUGAUCGUAGCAGAGAGGAUUGACAGAGAGGCGUUUUGUGGAAAGAAAGCUUCGUGCGUUUUAAAUCAAGAACUCGUGCUGGAAAAUCCUUUAGAACUGCAUCGCUUGAUUCUCAAUAUUGAGGAUAUAAAUGAUAAUUCACCGCAGUUCAAACAAAGUAUAAUCAAAUUCGAAAUAAGGGAAUCAGCAGACAAAGGAUCUCGGUAUUUGUUAGACGAAGCCCACGAUCCUGAUAUCGGUGUGAAUUCUGUGCAGUCAUAUAUGUUGCAAAACAAUGAUAAUUUCCUUCUAAGUGUACUUACUGGAGCAAAUAGAGGAAAAUAUGGAGAGCUCGUGCUAAAUAAAGAGUUGGAUCGUGAGCAGCAGAAAGAGGUGACUUUAAUUCUUACUGCGGUUGACGGUGGGACUCCACCGAGAUCAGGUACUGUAGUCAUACACGUCACUGUGCUGGAUGCUAAUGAUAAUGCUCCAGUCUUUAGUCAGGCCGUCUAUAAAGUCAGUCUGCCUGAAAAUUCUCCUGUAGAUACUGUAGUGGUUACAGUGAGCGCUACUGAUGCUGACGAGGGACAAAAUGGAGAGGUGACAUACGAAUUUGGGCAUGUACCCGAAAGUCUUCUGGAAAUAUUUUUUCUUGAUGCGAUUACUGGUGAGAUUAAACAAACUGGACCCAUUGAUUAUGAGGAGGAGAGUUCAUUUGAACUGCCAAUUCAGGCUAAAGAUGGUCAAGGGCUUGCAGGUCGGUCCAUUUUAUUGAUAGAUGUUGUUGAUAUCAAUGAUAACGCUCCUAUAAUAAUAAUUAAAUCUCUGAAUAGUCCCGUUCCCGAGAAUGCGUCACCCGGUACAGAGGUUGGCAUCAUUAAUGUGCAGGACAGAGACUCUGAGAAUAACGGACAGGUGCGCUGCUCUAUUCAGCAAAACGUCCCAUUUAAACUAGUUCCUUCAAUCAAAAAUUACUAUUCUCUAGUGACCACAGGUGAAUUAGACCGCGAGUUAGUGUCUGAUUAUAAUAUCACAAUUACUGCUACUGAUGAGGGCUCUCCGCCUUUAUCUUCCAGUAAGAAUGUUCACUUUACUGUGGCUGACGUGAAUGAUAAUCCACCUGUAUUUGAAGAGCAGAAUUACAGAGCUCACGUGCAAGAAAAUAACAAACCGGGUUCCUCUAUUUGUUCAGUAUCAGCCACAGACCCGGACUGGAGACAGAAUGGCACUGUAGUUUAUUCUCUGUUACCUUCUGAUGUCAAUGGCGCACCGGUUCCUUCCUUUUUAUCCAUUAACGGAGACACCGGGGUCAUUAAUGCUUUGAAGUCGUUUGAUUAUGAACAGUUAAAGAGUUUUAAAGUGCUGGUGUUAGCCAGAGAUAACGGUUCUCCUCCUCUGAGCAGUAACAUCACCGUGAGUGUCUUGAUAACGGAUGAGAAUGACAACACCCCUCAGAUAUUAUACCCGUCUCUGGAUGGAAACUCCUUCAUGACCGAGAUGGUACCCAAAGCUGCUCAGGCGGGCUCUCUGGUGUCCAAGGUGAUCGCCGUGGACGCGGAUUCUGGACAGAACGCGUGGCUCACCUAUCACAUUAUUAAAGCGAGUGAUCCGGGACUUUUCACUAUCGGUGUCCACAGCGGAGAAAUCAGGACACAGCGAGACCUUUCUGAAUCUGACAGUAUGAAACAGAACCUUAUUGUCUCAGUGAGAGAUAACGGACAGCCCUCUCUCUCUGCCACGUGCGCAUUAUAUUUACUUAUAUCAGAUAACUUGGCUGAAGUUCCAGAACUGAAAGACAUGUCUCAUGACGAGAGCAGCUCCAAACUCACUUUUUAUCUGAUCAUCGCGCUGGUGUCCGUUUCCACUUUCUUUUUGACCUUCAUCAUCAUCAUUCUGGCCGUGAGAUUUUGUCGCAGGAGAAAGCCCAGACUGUUGUUUGAUGGAGCUGUAGCCAUUCCCAGCGCGUAUCUCCCUCCAAAUUACGCAGAAGUGGAGGGCGCGGGAACUCUCCGCAGCACUUACAAUUAUGACGCAUAUCUGACCACGGGCUCGCGCACGAGUGACUUCAAGUUCGUCAGAUCUUAUAAUGAGGGAACACUGACUGCUGACAUGACGCUAAGAAAGACUCAGUCUGCUGUAGAUGAUCUUGAGGGACUUGAUGCUGACAUAAAUGAUUCUCUUCAGGUAAGGUCUAUUAUGCCUUUUUGCAAUAUUUUUGGUUAACUUUGUUCAAUUCCAAAAACGUUUCUUCUUGUUCUAAACACACCUUCUUCCUUAAUAGUACUUCCUUACAUUUUCCGUAAAUGUUUUCUGGUCAACGUUUCGUUAACGAUUU